UGUAUAUAUAUAUAUAUAUAUGGCAUGUAUGUAUAUAUAUGCUAGCUUUCUUCUUUUAUCUCCCUUUCUUCAUGUUUCACAUAUACAUAAGAUGUGUCAUUGGUUAGCUUUCACAUUUGAUUCAGAAGUUCCAGAAUGUCACGAUGGGAUUGUGAUUGGAGUAGAGGAGAUCUUGGUUGUGGACUUGAAUGCAGUAAUUGAUAGGAUUUGAGUUGUUCCCACAUUGUGUGAAGGAUAGUUGCAUUAUGUUAGGCCAGAGAGUUUCUUUUUUACUGAAGAGUAAAUUGGUAAGAGAGGGUAUGAGUUAAUAUUGUGCAACUGGAAAGAUGGAUUCUAAUGAGCAUUCAUUGUGAUUUUUGGAUUCCCAAUUUCUGCAACUCCUUCCAAAGCUAGGUAAUCCCCUACCUCACAUUUAUUGGGAAGAGAACCUACUUCUCCCUAUAGAACAGGAAAUCCUGAAUAAGUGAUUUGCUAACCUCUCUUGCAGCUAAGAUGUGGGCAUGUGACUGCCCAUCAGACAGCCCUGACUUAGCCUUUGAUACAGGGAAGGGGAGAUCAAGAAAGACCAAUGGCAGAAACAGCCAUUGCAGUAAGAUGGAUUCCUGGGGCAGCAGUGACAGCAGUAUUACUGGCGUCAUCCCAUGUCCAGUGAUAGCUGUGUCAAAGCUAUAAACUGCAACGUUUAUGCUUGGAGGCAAUAGCAACAUUGGUAUACUAAUCAGACUAGUUCUAUGGCAUGAUUUGGGCCAUUGUAGCUGCUGUGGAGUCUUCUGAACCUGGUUCUCCAGCUGACUGGUGUUUUUGAAAGGCUGAUGAGAGGCACAAACCAGUCGAGUGUCUCCGAGUUCUUCCUCCUGGGACUCUCCAGGCAGCCCCAGCAGCAGCAGCUCCUCUUCGUGCUCUUCCUGAGCAUGUACCUGGCCACGGUCCUGGGAAACCUGCUGCUCAUCCUGGCUGUCAGCACUGACUCCCGCCUGCACACCCCCAUGUACUUCUUCCUCGGCAACCUGUCCUUCGUGGACGUCUGCUUCUCCUCCACCACCACCCCCAAGAUGCUGGCCAAUCAUGUGCUCAGGAUCCAGACCAUCUUCUUCUCUGGCUGCCUCACACAGUUAUAUUUUCUCAUUGUGUUUGCUGACAUGGACAAUUUCCUCCUGGCUGUGAUGGCCUAUGACCGCUUUGUGGCCGUGUGCCACCCCUUACAUUACAUGACAAAGAUGACCCAUCAGUUCUGUGCCCUGCUGGUUGCUGGGUCGUGGGUUGUGGCCAGCCUGAAUGCUCUGUUGCACACCCUGCUGAUGGCUCGACUCUCAUUCUGUGCAGACAACACCAUCCCCCACUUCUUCUGUGAUGUGACUCCUCUCCUGAGACUCUCCUGCUCAGACACUCACCUCAAUGAGAUGAUGAUUCUUAUUGCAGCAGGGCCUAUAAUGAUCGUCCCAUUUAUUUGCAUCCUGGUGUCAUAUGUCCUUAUUGCUUGUGCUGUCCUGAGAGUCCCAUCUACAAAGGGAAGAUGGAAAGCCUUCUCCACCUGUGGCUCCCACCUGGCUGUCGUGUUCCUCUUCUAUGGCACCAUCAUAUCUCUCUAUUUCAACCCCUCAUCCUCUCACUCAGCUGAGAAAGAUAUAGCAGCCGCCGUGAUGUAUACAGUGGUGACCCCCAUGCUAAACCCUGUCAUCUAUAGCCUCAGGAACAAGGACAUAAAAGGGGCUCUUGGAAAAGUGAUUGCCAUGAAAUUUUUUUUUACUCAGUAAAGGUAUGGCCUAAGAACAUUAUGGAGGUAACUAAUUUUCUAAGAAAAUCCUGUUUGUUUUUUCUACUCUAUGAAACUUACCAUUUGUCUUUUGUAAGAGAAACAUCUACUAUGUACCUUGGGAGAAUAAAAUUCUUGAUAGAGACCCUUUAGGUUAAAGAUGGAAAGAGAGACCCUUUAAUGAAAAGACUUGACUAUCCGAAUUAUCAAUGCCCUCUGGCCAAACCCCACCAGGAACAUCCCUGUAGCUCCACAAAUUGGAUUUGUUACUUACUAUAACAGGGAACAGGGAAGGUUCUCCACAGCAUGACUAAAAGGAGCUGGGCUUGUGUUAUGGCUGUUAGGAAUUAGGAACCAUCUUUCCUCUGGAUUAAAUGUUGUUACAGAAUAGGGGUAAUUCUGAUUGGAUAUCUUAAUGUAUUUUAUUUAAAGGAAGGAAGACUAGACUGAGGCCAAACCUGUGACUGGCAAGGAAGCAGCAAUCACUCACAUCAGGCAGGGCAGGGGGAUGUUGGUCCUUUUUGUGCCUAGGACAGUGUUCACGUUUCCUGUUGAGACUUGACUACAGAGUAGUCUUGUUUGAUUUUGUUCCGUCACAGUCCCAGAGUGGACUUAUCUGCUACUGAUGUUCUGUGAGAUUCUCUGUGUUCAUCCAGAGGGCACCAAGACCUAGCUGUGAGUGCCAGGCCGACUCCUGAGUGUCAGGGCUGUUGACUGUUCCUCGUGGCAGACGCCUUGA